AGCUCGUCACUCAUCACAUGACCCACCGUCACCGCCACCGACACCAUACCAGUGCCAGUGCCAGUACCAGUACCCACUAAGAGCCUCAUUUGACAGUGCCUCUGCCUGUGCCACUAGUUUAGUGAAGUGAGUGCGCCACGAUUGAUUAUUCAUUCCGUAGAGCAGUUACAGACAUUUCGUAUUAUUACCUCCAAUUUAUUUCCCCAAAAACCUGUAAAUACUCGCUCUAUUCGUCAAUAAAUCGAGAAAAACACUUGAAAUUAAAUAAUCUUCAGUUGGAAUUUCAUUCCGUGUAGCUCCACAGUUCCAAACUCUGAGAAAUAACAAAAAUGCCAGGAAUAGACGAAGAGCAUCCCGUCUACGGGCCAUUCUUCGGAGUUAUGGGCGCCGCAUCUGCCAUUAUUUUCUCCGCUCUGGGAGCGGCAUAUGGUACAGCAAAGUCGGGCACUGGUAUUGCAGCUAUGUCUGUAAUGAGGCCUGAACUCAUCAUGAAAUCCAUUAUUCCUGUUGUUAUGGCGGGUAUCAUUGCCAUUUAUGGUUUGGUCGUAGCAGUACUAAUUGCUGGCUCAAUAAAGAUACCUGAAGAAUAUCCCCUUUACAAGGGCUUCGUUCACCUGGGUGCAGGUCUAGCGGUGGGAUUCUCUGGUCUGGCAGCUGGCUUUGCGAUUGGCAUCGUUGGUGACGCUGGUGUAAGAGGUACAGCUCAGCAACCUCGUUUAUUCGUCGGUAUGAUCCUCAUUCUCAUUUUUGCUGAGGUACUGGGUCUCUACGGUCUCAUCGUUGCCAUCUUCCUUUACGCCAAAUAAAUCAUUCAUUGGUCGUUCCAAAAAGUAAUAUACAAAAAAAAACAGAAAUAAUUGAGACGCAAUUAAAUGAAUUAAUUAAAACAGUUGAAGCGGGAAUGAUAAGACACUAUUGCCUGCGUAUGAAGAAUAAAAUUGAUGAGGAAAAAAAAACACUCCCUAAAGAAACAAAAUAAAUAUUGCAACGUAUUUCGACGUUUUAUUUAAGAGAAAAGUCACAUUUCUGCAUAUUGUACCCACCAUCAAGCAUUACAGAUCCUUGUAAUCUCAUCAUCAUUAUAUAUCAAAAACAAGAAUUUGAAAAAAAUACUAGAUUCAAUAAAAAAAAAAAGUGGCAUACAAUGGCAAUUUGAAAUAAUCGUAAAGUGUGUAUAGCAGGCAGCGGCAAUUGCGUUAUGAAUGUUUAAAAAUAGUGUGAAAUUGAAAAUAAUUCACAACAGUAUGCAAACCACACACGAACGACAGGCAAUAGGUAUGUACACUGCGAGAAUGAAAACACAUUAACCAUAAAAACCACAAUUUUUGAUUCUCCACGCCGAAUGUAAACCUUUCUCUUUCAUUGUAUAGUAAUCAUUUUGUAGUAUAGCUUGACAUUGAAUUAUCAAUUAAUAAAUUAAUCGGCUCUACUCAGUGUAUAAAGAUUAUAAAAGGAAAGAAAAAAUGUUGAAUAUAGUAUUGACAAUGCAGUUCUAUCGAUUAAUGAGACAUACUUAGCACAAUUAUUAUACUAUGGAAAAAAAAACAAACAAAACAAAGUGGAAAAUAAUAAUAAGCGGCGUAUGGUGUUCUGUGGAUCAAUGUGAGCGAUGAAAAUUUCUUUUAAAAAAUUCACAAUAACAAUAUAAUAAAAAGAGUGAUAUAACACUUUGAAAUCAAGACAAAAUUCUUCAUCAGCAUAAUAAGAUUUGUACAUUACAAAAAAAAAGAGAUAAAAAAUGCUUUCAGUUUUUCAAGUAGUUGUUCAUUAUUAAUCAUAUAUGCGUUAAUGAGCAUGCCACGUAAGGAGUGGAUUUGUGAGUGCCGGGAACUUUGCGUGUAUAUCUAAUACGAAAAUCAGUGAAUGGAGAUAGUACUAAGUCAAUUUCAUCGAGGGCUGCUUGAACAUGAAAUACUACGAUGAUAUACUUCUAUGAAUAUCAACAAGCCACUCGUCUUCAGACGAUUGUCCAUGACAUUCAUGCCAACUAUAUCUUCAUAAAAUUAAGAAUUGUUGCAAUGGCCAGCACCAGUUCUGCUCACCAUCCACAAAUAUCCAGGAAUGUAAAGAUAAUAAUUAAAAACUCGUGAUGAUGCACCAAAAAAUCAACAAAUGGCUUAUUAAAAAUGACAUUGUAGAUGUAGACCGUGAAUGGUCUAAUAAAAGUGAGGCGAAUAUUUAAAUGGGAAAAUAAUGAAAGAUGAAAAAAAAAAACGAACAAAAUGUAACAAUUUGUACAUUCCAUAAGGAGUUGGUUGAGUACACACGAGCGGGCAGAGAUGAUUCCUUCUGCAUAAUAUCCAAGGUAAUGAUUAUCCUGAGUCCACAGGACUGAUUGUCUGGGAGCUGGCAAUUGGCUCUGUCCGGCUCUAAAAUCUCUGAAAAAGCAAUCUUUUUCAUUGAAUGCACUUUGAAGAUAAUGUCAAUCAAUACGUAAUUUACUCUGUUAACCCGCUCGCUGUGUUUAUUGACUGUGGCAGUAUCUCCUUAUAUUACCAGCUAACCAAACAUCGAAGCUCAACGUAUAGAGGCAUUUCCGGGCGAGGAAAAUUGUUUCUCUUUACUUUUCAAUCUGGGAGUACACUAUUUCGAUUGAAUAUAAUUACUGAUUACUUCUGUUUGAUAAUGGAAAGACGAGAUUUAUUCAUAUCUCGAUGAAUGCAUAUCACGGUGUUGGCAAAGUUCUCGCUUGAAAAUGCUACUAUAUUCGUACAGACUGGAAUGAAAUAAUUAUAAUAUGAAAUGGACGCUCUUUCGAUCAUUCUCGCGGCAAUGUAUUAAUAUUCAGUUCAUGAGGAACGGAAAUGCUUGUUUUUUCUUUACCCCUUUUUUUCAUUUUUUCUUUCCUCCCUGACAAAUGCGAUUUCACAAUGUUUUAUUGAAAAUUGAGAACAACUCCCUAAAUUUGACCAAUUGAGUGCUUUUAAUGUGGGGAAAUCAGGGGAGCCGGAUUGAUUCGAGUCAACAAAGCGGAUCAUGUGACUAUCUGGACAAUUCCCUCGCUCCUCCCUUUAUCCAUUUAACUCUCAAUGAAAAUGACAAAAAAAAA